CGACGUCCUGCGCAUGCGCAAUUAAUCAGCGAUACGCGUGUGAAGAUGUCCAGCUACUGUCAGCUGGAGCCGUACAGUCCGCCAGAGUGGGCCAGCCAUCUAGCUGUAGUCCCCAAGUCUAGAAUUCACCUGGCAAUGGCUCCUACUCCUGUCCACCGCUGGCAUCUCCCCCACCUCCCCUCCCCUUUCUCUGUCUGGGUGAAGAGAGAUGACCUUACCGGCUGCUCCACCUCUGGGAACAAGCUCCGGAAGGCGGAGUUCAUUCUAGCUGACGCCAUCGAGAAGGGAAGUGACUGCAUUGUAACAUUCGGAGGAAUCCACUCCAACCACGCCAGAACCAUGGCCCUCGCCGCCAGAGAAGUCGGUCUUGACUCCACCCUCUUUAUUAUGACCGAGUCUCCCAAGGUCCAUCCAAUAGACCAGGUUGGUUGCCGGGGGAACAUGAUGUUGUGUCGGCUGAGUGGUGCCACAGUAGUAGCCUGUCCCAGAGAGGAGGGGAAACCCCACAUUGAAGACGUUCUGAGGAUAUCAGCCCUGAUGGAAGGUCAUCUUGACAAGAUGAGGUUGAGAGGGAGGAAGCCAUACUUCAUACCAGUGGGCGGGACUUGUCCACUUGGAGAGUGGGGGUACAUACAUGCGUGGGAAGAGCUCAGAGGUCAAAGGGCACUGGACAAUAUCGAUGAUGUCAUCGUUACCAUUGGCAGCGGUGGAACUGCCUGUGCGUUAGCUGUUGCCAACUACCUGACAGGGUCAAGGGUCAAGGUACAUGCUGUCACUAUAAUAAAUACACCUGCUGAUGAUCUCUACAAUGUGAUUGGUCAGCGAAUUGAGGAGCUAGGUGUCAGGGGGGUGGAGCCGCGCGACCUUAUCGACCUCAUUGAUGGGUACCACCUAGGUGGCCAUGGAUGUGUGAACAAAGAGUUAAAAGAGCUGGUGAUUUCGGUGGCCAGUGAGACUGGGGUUAUUCUGGAUACCCUAUAUACUGGCAAGACCAUGCUCGGCAUGCUCAGUGAGAUGAAGGUUAACCCACACCGUUUCCGUGGCAACCGCAUCCUUUUCAUUAACACAGGUGGAAUGUUUAAUGCUUUCAGUGGAAUUGUGGAUGAUGUCAUCAAGACCACACCUUCUUCUUCUCGUAUCAACGGCUACAGCGAAUCAUAAACACUCAUUAAUAAAAUGUUCAAAGAACAUAAAAAAGGAAUAGAAUGGCACAUACUACAUUUCACACACACUUACAUUACACCAAUAAAAUUCGGCACAACUGUAUAAUACCGUAACCAUGGUGACCAAACACCGAUAAACAGACUCUGUGUUGUGUUGUGUGUCAAUUUGAAAAAUGGAAGAGACUAUUAAGAGACGCGAGAGGACGAUACUAGAGUUUCAUUUUCUUGAGUCUGUCUAUGUCAAUCCUGAGAGAGGCAUUGUUCUUCCGCUCCUGGUCCAAAUCAUCUGACAACGUCUUUAUCUCCUCCCGCAGCUCCUUCCUGAUCUGGGUCUUGAACUCAUUGAACUCUGACCUCAGUUUAUCCAGAGCCUCUAUCCACUCUUCCGAGGACUUGGGGGGCGUGGUCUCGGCUCCGGGAGGGGGUGUGGCUUCAGAGGGUGGCUUUGCCGGAGGUGGUUUUGUCUUGGCUAUAUCUACUGGAGGUUUAGCUGGUGGUGGCUUCGGUUUCGCUGCUGCAGAGAGAGGGAGAGAGAGAGGGAGAGACAAACAUGGGAUUUUGUAAUCAGAUCGGACAAACAGAAGAACAGCUUCCACAGCACUCACCAAAAGAAGGUUUGCUAGCCAUUCGAGGUGGAGCCGGUUUCUCAGGCUCCGUUGCCACGGUAGCAGGAGGGGGUGGGUGUGGCUUGCUGGGUGGUAGUUUGACUGGUUCCUUCUUCUUCCUCUGUUUGAUCUCCCUCUGCCAAGGAGCCUCGUCCCCCGCCCCGCCUCCUCCCUGACUGCUGGCCAACUCCCCAUCCUCCUGCACUCACACAACAACGUGCUCUGUCACCUCGGUCUACUACCACACAUUUAUUGGGAGGCGAAGCAAGCCUACCCGGUCGUUCAAAUUUCUG